AUGUCGCACCUGUCUACCCAUCUCCCCGACGUGGAAUUGGUCAAACCAGGGAACUCCUACUCUGGAUCUUUGGCCGUACUGUACAACGAAACCUGGAGAACGCAAGACCCAUAUGCAGUGUUCACAUUGCUUGACGUUGUUCGUGAUAGACCAGAGAUUCGUGCAGAUGUGGAGACUGCAGACAAAGUGUGUGUAUUUGGAUUGUUAGUGUGGAUCUGGUCGUACUUUGGCCGGGGUUGGGGCGAACAAACAGGCUACAAACCGGAUCCGACGAUGGGGGAUACGUUGAUUUUUCCUCCACACAAUCCCUUCAUAGGCUUGAAUGUUGUAUCGGCCGAGCAGGCACUGAAAAUGGGCGUUGCUACCACAGGAACACCUGGCAACAGCGUUGCUAUCACAGGAACUCCUGGCACCAGUGAGAGAAUCGUUUCAUUGUCGUUUUGGCAUUGUACUAAUCGGCAACUCAGGCAAAAGCUUGUUUCUUUUGCCAGAGUACAUAAAUCCGAGAAGAUGGAGCCGGACCUCUCAUUCCUGCCUGAACAUACGUGGUUCCUGGUAGAUUGCAAUCAGUACUCUAAAGAGAUGAGGGUGAAAUCCAUAUGGUAUGACUUGUUUGAUUUCUGUGAAAUUCUUGAGAUACGAUCUGUUCAGCUGGCACCAAUGCUGGAACUUAAACUACAGAGCUUUUGCAAUGGCUACGGUCCAAUUGCCCAUCCAGCUUUCACGCUUGCUGAUGAUUCAGACCAACACAAGACGAACAUUAGAGAUAAUCUGUCCAACGUUGGUCAGAAGGAACUUCAGGGUAUAAUUUCCAACCUAAGUACAGGCUUUUUUGACACCAAAUUCUCUCACAACACAAUUGUUGCAAGGCCUAUGGAUGACGACCGUACUAAGUACUCUUGCAACUUUGCCUCAAAUAAGGUAGCACAAAUUGUGAUCGAGCACUUCAAACAUGUAGAACACAUACAUGCUCUCGAACUCUACUGCCUUUUCUUGGUGAGCCCUAAAGCUAGGGCAGCUGCAGGGUAUCUAUUGGAGACAAUUACUUUUUCUGAGCUUCAGAGGGGUGGAUGUUGGCGUCUUCAACCUAUGAAGAAGCUUCCUAUUGGGGCAGAUAAGACUAAGCAGUAUUGGGGGAGACAUCCGGGUGCCCCGUCCUUCACUUUGCUCACUGGACAUAAAGGUUUCUCGAUAAAAAUUAAUAAAGGCUUCAAGACUGAUUACAAGCCGGAAGACUUUGCAGAAGUGGAGCGUAUCGACUACAACCCUAGUGACACACUGUCAGAGACUAAACCUGCAAUGUAUAUCCCGAGAGCACCUAAUAACCAAGCCUUUGACGCAUGGUUCUAUGAGCCCCAGUCGCCAGAACAUC